UCAGUGAAUAAGAAACCAACUUCAGUCUCGUCUGAAAACAGUCAGAAAUGACAGGAGGAAACCGGAAGCCGUCAUCAGCCUUUAACCAAUCACAGCUCAGCACCUGAGUACGGCAUGCUGUUGCAGACAUGGGCUCCAGCCUAGUCCGCGCCUUCAGAAACUUCAACGUUGAGAACCGAGCACACCAGCUGAUCGGCAAGGACAAGCCCAGCGUCGCGCCCAUGCACCCGGGCACCAAGGAAGCGGUGCAGACUGUAAUGUCCAAUCACCCUGAUGUCCAGGAUAAAGUGUACAAAAAAGAUGAUCAGCUUUUAUCACGACUAAGAGACGUGUACGUUGACUCCACAGAUCCGUUACAACAGGAAAAAUCAGGAGUCACCUUACCUAAGCAAGAGGAUUUAAGACUUCCAAAGCAUAUGAUGGGGAAUGAGCUGUUUGACAUUUCAGUGGACAACAUUCCUAAGGGAAAGAUUUCUAUUGUCGAGACACUUACUAUUUUGAGCAAUCACAAAAAAUCUCCAAAAACAUGGACGGCUGAAAAAAUAGCUGGAGAAUACGGUUUAGACAUAAAGGACACAAAAUCCUUAUUAGAAUUUUUUACAGCUUUUGAGAUAAAAAUGUCUUCGAAGGAUAAGGAAAAAAUAGCUGAAAAAUAGGACUGCUCUACUCAAACUGCUAGGAAUUGUGGUUGUAUUUGUUGCUUUACUAAUGCUCUUAUGUCUGAGUUCUGAAAACUGUACAUUAAAAGUAAAUAUAUAAUUGUGAAUUACAGAA